GCGGCGCUAUGACUGGUCGCGGCGGUGCGCGACUGCGCGGUGCGGCGCGGAGCUCGGCUCGACAGCCACGGUGAUCAGCUGUUCGACGAUCAGCUGUUAUUAUCGUCGAGGAUCAUCCCGCGUGGAUGGUCCUCCGCGUCGGCGGUUUCCCCUCAGUACGGGGUCCCCGUGUGCGGUCGGGAUCGGUAGCUCAAUACGCGUACCGGGAUCCGGGUGUCGAGCGGGGCGGUGUUCUGCCACUCACUGCGUGGCGCGAGAAAGCGCUCAGUGCGCGCUAGUGAAGGAAACCGGGUUUGCGGUUAUGUUCGGCACUCAGUGCGUGCUCUGGAGGCUCAGCUCAAUUCGCUGAGAGGAUCGGUCGGCUCACUUCGCUAGACCGGGGAAAUCUGAUUCCUUAUCACCAGCGGAGGGCUUUUAUAGCCCCCGUUUGGUGACAAGAGGAGCGGAGAUGUGCGGGGAAACCGAGAUAAGCGGAGGGGACCACAAGAGCAUUACGGCAACCGUUGAUCAAGAGGCCAACAAUAAUAGAAUAACGGCCCUGGAGGCUGAGGUCAAUAAUUUAUUACAACUAGCUGUAAUGAAGGUAACCGAGCCAAUAGGGCCACAAGGGGGACGAGCGAGCCGGGAUCGAGUAAACCGGGGGCGAGCAAGCCGAGACCAAGCGAGCCGGGAUCAAGCGAGCUGGGACCGAGCGAGCCGGGACCGAGCGAGCCGGGACCGAGCGAGCCGAGGGCAAGCGAGCCGGGACCGAGUGAGCCAGGGCCGUGCAACAGGUCACAACAAAAUCAGCAACAAGGGCCGCAAGAAACUUUAGAAGUCGUACCUGUAACCAUUCCCCGACAAUGGCAGAAAAGCGAUCAUAGCCGUAGCGGGAAGAGAUGGGGCUAACAGGAUGGAUGGCGUGGGCGAAGCGGACGAAGCGGGCGUGGCAGAACACGCGGGGAAACAAAAAUAUAUUAUUAUUAUAGAUAUUAUUUUAAUUUUCAAUAAUAAAUAAACGCAUAUUAUUUAUAUUUAAAAAUAA